AGUGUGUGGUAUUUACCAGAAUCUUCCUGAAUUCUCCGCCUCUCCUCCUGUCAGAGUAUAAAUGUGGGACAGAGUCACUGCUGAGACAGAACGAUACACAGAAGAGAAAAGACCAUUCAGCCAACAUUCAUCUGACAACACAAAGACUCCAGACUUGAGACUCUGAAGAUGCUGUGCUCUCGGGGACUUCACUCUGAUCUCAGUCCAUCCAUGCUCUUCUUUUCACCUGUACGCAGUCUGUGGCCAGAGGUCAGACCUCUGUUCUCCCAGCAGGAUCUGCUGCAGAGGAACCUGCAGGAGCUGCGCCGCAGUCUGGAGCUGAUGGACACAUUUCAGCACAACAUCCUGGAGGAGACGGAGCCUUUCCAGAGCAGUGUGGCCCUGCAACCAGUGAGCUUCCAGCUGGACAAAGACGGAAAGCACUUUGGCCUGACCCUGGACACUCAAGGCUUUUCUCCAGAGGAGCUGUCUGUCAGGCAGGUGGGCAAAAAGCUGAGAGUCAGCGGGAAGACAGAAAAGAAACAGGAGGACGGGAAAGGCUCCUACUCUUACAGACUCCAGGAGUUCAGACAGGAUUUGGAUCUGCCUGAAGGCCUGAACCCUGAAGCCGUCACCUGCUGCCUGUCUCCAGACGGAAAGCUCCACAUCCAGGCCCCCAAAGAGGAGGCUGACAGAGAGCUGACCAUCAAGAGGAGCUGGGAGGAGGAACCUCAGCAGAGAGAGGGUUCACAGACACAAGACAGCACAGCAAAGACUCACAACACACCAUAGAACCAACAGGAACACAUGGACUCACACACACAUUCAUGGGAAUAUACCAUCAGUUUUAGAUGAACACAAUUUAACUACAUUAGUCUUUGUUGAU